UUUAAAAUGUCGGAUUGAUGGAGUAAAAACCUAACUUUUCUGCGUUCGAAAGUGUCUUCUGCAUAAUUGAAAAAAGUUGCUCCUCGGCCCAGAUCCUGCGUGUCACCGUUCUCCACUUCGCUGGUCUCUCAAGUCAGACCGUGUUUCCUUCAUUUCCGAGGUAGAUAGAUAUUUCGGCUCCACACACUAUCUCUUUCUCGGUAGAGACUUUGAUCCUCGGUGCUGUGACGAGUAGGAAUGGCGGCCGGUGGCGAUAAGAUUGACUACGUUUUCAAGGUGGUGUUAAUCGGGGACUCGGCGGUCGGGAAGUCUCAAAUCCUAGCUCGGUUUGCUAGAAACGAGUUCAGCCUCGACUCCAAGGCCACCAUAGGGGUCGAGUUCCAGACGCGGACCCUUGUCAUCCAGCACAAGAGCGUCAAGGCUCAGAUCUGGGAUACUGCCGGUCAGGAAAGGUAUAGAGCAGUGACAAGCGCAUACUACCGAGGUGCUGUCGGUGCUCUGCUGGUCUACGACAUUACCAAACGCCAGAGCUUUGAUCACAUACCACGAUGGUUGGAGGAGCUACGGAGCCAUGCUGACAAAAACAUUGUUAUCAUGCUUGUCGGCAACAAAUCCGACCUGGAGGAUCAGAGGGCCGUGUCAACCGAGGAUGCUAAGGACUUUGCUCAGAAGGAAGGCCUCUUCUUCUUAGAGACUUCAGCCCUGGAAGCCACCAAUGUUGAGGCUGCUUUCAUGACUGUUCUUACCGAGAUAUUCGGCAUUGUCAGCAAGCGAAACCUGACUGCUGAUGGGCAAUCAAACGGUGGUGCUGCUCCGCCGUUAGCGGGGAAGAAAAUUGCCGUCACUGGUCCUGCGCAGGUGAUUCCCAAGAGCAGGACUUGCUGCCAGUCUUCCUGAUUCUAUCACUGAGUAUGUCAUCCGCUUCAGUAUACAUCUGUGUUUUAUUUAAGCCAUAUUUUGAUUGUAUUUUUCUUUACUUAAAUAUUUAGUUUUGUCAGAGUUUAAGGCUUAAAGCAAUAUCUACCUGACUUCUGGAAGAUAUAGUAAUUGGUUGUCUAUUGAUCUGUACAAUACACCUUUUUCGCUGCCAUUUGUGUUGGCGUUCAUUGUUUUGGUGUCUCUGCAUUUAUUUAUGUAAUUGGUAUCAUAUUUAUGUGAGCUAGAAUUUUUAUUUA